AUGGCCUACUUCGAUCUUGAUACCAAUCCAACAACUUCAAUCAAAUCAAAAUCAAGUGGAGGAAAAACACCAAUUGAUGUUUCUAAUUUUCGUCCAGUAAACAAAAAACCUAUUGGAAAUGAUUGGGAUGUGAAUCCGGGGAUAUACUCUCAUGGAGUGAUUAUCGAUCUGUUUCUGUAUCUAAUAACAAGAACUCUACAAUUACUAUUUUUCAGUGUUACUGCUCAACGUCGUCUUCGUAAGAAUCGAGAUACAUCUGGUUCUGGCUAUUUGACUAUUCCACUUUCAAUAACACGUCUUUUUCCAUCUGCUUUAACUCAUUAUGGUUCACUCCUUGAAGCUGAACCAGAUUUAGUUGCCAUAAUCGAGUUAGCACCAACGGAUGGAAUCUUCGCCGAGAAAUUCGGAUCAUCACUACCAGAAGCAAUUCGCAACAGAAAUGAUAUUCUAUAUUUAGUCAAUCCUAUGGAAAAUACACUAUAUGUUUCAAUAAAUGGUAAUGACAGCGGUGGGUUUCCAAUUGAUGAAACGACGACAGAGCAAAUCAUCGAAUAUAUCAAUUUAGCUAAUGAGAAAAAAGCAGCGUUCUUUAUCAAAUGUGAAAUAACGGGAAAGGAGAUCGUUGAUAAAUGGCCACAAGGUUCAAUUAAGGGUUUGCCUGUUGGAUGGACAUGUGAGCUUAAUGGUUGUUUUGCAUCUGGUUCUGAUUUUAUAAAAGGUACAUGGAAAUGUCAAGGGCCGGAAUCCAAAAAAGAGGAAGCAUACAAAAUCGUAGAAAAAUACUAUGAUGGAUUCGAUGUUCAUAUAACUUGGGAAAAUGAUUCGGUUUAA